AUCGUUUUUCGAUUCACUGCAUCGGUUUGAGUACUUGAAUUUGAAAAGAAAGAAAAAAUUGUUUAGAAGGUAUGAGAAAGAAGCAAGGGGUGGUUGGAACUCUAUAAAAUGAAAGUGUUUUAGCCCCUCUACAACUUAUAUGCUCAUAAGCUUUUUUCAUGGCUUCAUUAGAGAGGACAAACAUAUUGAGAACAAAGUUUAUUAUGGAGUCAUUAACUAACCUGAUCCGCCCGGCAAAGCUGAUUUUAGCCGUAGCUCUCUUGCAGGGUGCCUAUGCAGGCCAGGCCAUAAUUGUUAGGAUGGCUAUGAACCAGGGGAUGAGCCAUUACAUAUUCUUAGUCUACCGAAUGGCCUUUGCCACUGUUCUUAUUGCUCCAUUUGCUCUUAUCUUGGAUAGGAAAUCGAGGCCGAAGAUGACAUCCUCCAUCCUUGUUAAGACAAUGCUGCUCAGCCUUUUCGACCCUGUGCUUGACCAGAACCUAUACUAUAUGGCAAUGUCCUACUCUACAGCUACUUUCACAUCUGCCAUGUUCAAUAUUCUUCCUGCAAUUGCAUUUUUUAUGGCCUGGAUCUUUAGGCUUGAGACAGUAAACAUUAGGAAACUGCAUAGCCAGGCAAAGGUUCUUGGGACUAUAAUCACAGUUGGAGGAGCUAUAAUAUUGACACUAGCCAAAGGGCCUGCACUAAAUUUGCCAUGGACAAAGGGCAAAAAUCAACAUCAUCCUCAUCAUCAAAUGCAAAGUGAUUCAAACCACAAAGACAUCACAAAGAGUGCUCUAUUGAGUGCAGCAGCUUGUUUCUGCUGGUCUAGUUUCAUCAUUUUGCAAGCAUUUACACUAAGAUCAUAUCCUUGUAAGCUCUCCCUGGCAGCUCUUACAUGUUUUUGGGGUCUGGUGGAAGGAGCAAUCCUGGCCCUUGCAGUAGAAUGGAGGAACAGUAAUGCAGACUGGUCCAUACACUUGGACAUAAGACUUUUAGCAGCAUUUUAUGGGGGGAUACUCUCUGGGGUUGCUUAUUACAUUAUGGGAAUGGUAAAUAAAGAAAAUGGACCUGUUUUCUUUUCUGCUUUUAACCCAUUGGGCACAGUAAUUAUUGCAAUUCUGGGUUCCCUUGUUUUUGAUGAGCACAUGUACCUUGGGAGUCUUACUGGAGCCAUUGUCAUCGUUGUUGGCCUAUAUCUGGUUCUGUGGGGCAAGACCAAAGACGAGCCUCCAUCUCAAUCAUCAAUAACUCAGAGUCAACCAAACGAUGAGCCUAUAACUACAAGUCAACAACAAAUGAUGCCAGAGGGAGGCCUGGAUAUAGAACGUGGAGGUGAACCAAAAACAAACAUAAUUUACAGCUAAAAGUUUCAGUUCAUUCGAGAAAACUAUUGAAUUCUGGGAGAUCAUUAUAAAUUUUUUCACAACGUUGAUGUAAAAAUAUUUAUGUUCUUUUUAAGUUCUCAACAAAAGGAGCACCAUUAUUCUUAAGUUGUGAAUUGUGAAUUUGGACAUGAAAUCUCAUCUCAUCCAACAAAGUGGAGGCC